AGCCAGCAAGUUCUUUCACCCCCCCCACCCGCCACUCAAACCUCCGCACCGAGGCAGAGCAGGACCUCGUGGACGACACCGGAGCGCAGAGGAAUGUCAGUGUUACCGGCGCUCACCAGCUGAACACGCAGUCUCAGGUGCCGGUAGCCGUUUAGUCGCUUUCGUGUCGCGGAGAGCGGGGACUUCCUUCUCCGCGUUGCUAAUCCCUCACGCCGAGCAGCCGGUAACAGUUAAAAAGAAGACAUGCCUCAGAAACAGAAGUUGAAGUCGUGGUCUGACCUGAAACAGGCUGGUAAUGAACGCUUCAAGACGGGCCAGUAUGGAGAGGCCACAACUCUUUACAGCCAGGCAAUCAAGGAGCUGGAGAAGUCCAGUAAAAAGAACCCAGAGGAUUUGGGCAUUUUGUACUCAAACCGUGCAGCCAGCUACCUGAAGGAUGGUAACUGUGCAGAAUGUGUCAAAGACUGCAACAUGUCUCUAGAUUUGUUCCCCUUCAAUGUGAAGUCUCUGCUUCGUCGCGCUGCUGCCUACGAAGCUCUGGAGCGUUACAGACAGGCUUACAUAGACUACAAAACCGCUCUACAGAUCGACUGCAACAUAGCAGCAGCUCAUGACGGCACCAACAGGAUGACAAAGGCGCUCACAGAGGCAGACGGUCCAUCAUGGAGAGAAAAGCUUCCUCCCAUCCCCACAGUUCCUCUGUCUGUGAAGGAGAAACUUGCCCAACAAAAUGCAGCCAAGACCACACAGCAGAACCCCACACCACAGCAGAACCCCACACCACAGCAGAACCCCAAACCACAGCAGAACCCCACACCACAGCAGAACCCCACACCACAGCAGAACCCCAAACCACAGCAGAACCCCAAACCACAGCAGAACCCCACACCACAACAGAAUGGCACCAAGCAAACAAACAAAUCUGCUCCCAGUGACAAAGACAAAAAGAAAGGCCAGGCCCUGAAAGACGAAGGCAACGCCCUGGUGAAGAAAGGAGAGCAUAAGAAGGCCAUAGAGAAGUACACCCAGAGCCUCAAACUCAACCCCACUGAGGUCACAACCUACACCAACCGGGCGCUGUGCUACCUGUCAGUGAAGCAGUACAAAGACGCUGUCAGGGAUUGUGACGAGGCCCUGAUGAUUGACGGCGGCAACGUCAAGGCUCUCUACAGGAGGGCUCAGGCUCGCAAGGAGCUCAAGGAUGUCGAGGCCUGCGUGCAAGAUCUCAACAGUCUGCUCAAAGUGGAACCAAAAAACACGGCUGCUCUGAAGCUGCUGCAGGAGGUGCAGAAGAAGUAGUGGGAACACAUCAGGGACUCUGGAGGCAGCGGUAAGGAUCUGUCACUGCACUGAGCACAUAAAGGAAAGAGCCAGACGAAAUCGCUGAUGUUUUUGUAAAAAAACAAAGGUGACAAAAAACAGCCAAAGCAGUGACAUGAUUCAACCCGCUUUAAAUCAAAGACCGGGCCUGUGUUUCCCAAAAGCUCCUUUGACCUGAACACGUUUGAUCCGUUUACUCUCGUCGAACAAACACCGAGCUCAGUCUCAGGAUGCUUCUGGAAAACGUAGCUCUGAUUGGUUGGUAGGAACUGAGGCGCUGCCAUUAUGAGCCUGACAGAAGUCCAGAGAACAAGGUACUCGCUUAAGAAACAUAUGUCCAAAUAUCAAUGGAGCUUCACUGUUGCAAAAUAAAGUGAAGUAAUGUCGACUUCUGUCCACAUUUAAAGCCACUUCAGAGCUAAAUCAAGCAGAAAUUCAAAACGUAAUUAUUAUUUUUUUUAAUCAUUCUGCCAUUUUCACGUUGUACAUUACAUAUUUAUCUUGUGUUUGGUUUUGUGAAAGUUUGUCUCUCAGUGGAUUUCUAUUCUUUAAGAUGAUGGCAUACAGCAUAGAAACUUCAAUGUAAAGCUUGAUUCAUACUCCUGGGUUUAACAGACACAGAGCCUUCACUAAUGUGAGCAUUUCACCUGCACUUACACCACAAAAGCUGUACGGUUUCUGUGCCACUGCGUUGAGUUUCUUCGUGCUCUUCGAUUGAAACAAAGCAGACCGUGUUGUAGAUGAAGAUAUAAUAGAUAAUGCACAUUUACUAAAAAUACGGCAUUGCAGAAGAGAGCGAAGAUGUCUGAAGACGAUUUGUAGAGCUAUGAAAAUGAGAAAAUGGAAAACUAAUGGGGGUUGUGUUUGCAUUGUGAGCUAACCAGAUGCAGUUACAUUUUGUUUUAUGGCAGUCAAAAAGCCGUGCAAACACAGCACAUUGCUACCAAACAGGCUGUAAAUUCAACAUAGAAGUAUAAAUCACACUUUUAAGAAUCGCUGAUUGAUUACAGAGCUGGUCAUGUGAGGGUUAAAUAUCCUGGCAUUGGGUUCUGACAAAUAGACGUCAAGUUUGGGUUUAAUUACCUCCAAUUAACUGACAUGAAACAGCCACAUUUUCUGUCCACUUCUUGCACUUUUGGUUUAUUUUGGAGUUUGAGUCACAGUGACAUCUUGGUCUUGAUUCGAACCCUAUUAGAGGUAAAAUAUUUUUCUUUUUGUUCACACCAAAGCAACAUUGUUCGAGUCUUUUGAAUGUUUUAUCACCGUCCUCCAACUAGAGCUUGUUGGAUCAAACUCCAAGUACCUUCUUUCAAGCCUCGACAUUUGCGUCACUCUGACUUUUAUUUGCAACUUUUAGGAUCAAAGCACGAGUGUUUCUUCUCUGAAAGACAAAUAAGUAAACCAAGUAAUACUAUCCCCACACGGGUCCUCGUACACAAAGUACCGCUUCAUUCUGUGAGCUCAUUUACUUCCUGUUACUGUUUUAGAUGAAGUGGAAUGUCCAGUUAUUGAAUCUGCUGUAGCUUGGCAUGUCCAUCUUCCCUAAAGUGCCUGUUUUCAUUUUUCAUCUGACUUAGUUUCGCUAAAACCGCCGGUUUGAAAAGGAAGCGCUUCCAGAUGUGUGCAUCAGGUCAUUCAUUCAGGGAAGUUUUGUUAGACGCAGCUAUGCUUAUUCAUGUUUGCACAGUCCGACCCUACUGGCACCCCCGAGAUCCUCCCAUUUAUUUCACUUUCAUUGUGUCUGUUGUAUUUGUAAUUUGUUAUAUUGGUUUUGUCACCUGCUUCUGUUUUAACUCCAAAUAAAAUUAAGAAAGAAACAAACACGCUCGCAGUGACCGUGUCUUCUUGAAGUUUGGAAAAUUGCGGAGAGCUAAUUAGCUUAGCAUAAAGACUGUAACUGGAGGGAACAUGUCUCCUAACUACACCUCUACCAACCCCAGUUAAGCUCACUAAAUAACCUGUUAUCUUGUAUGUUUAACUGUAUAAACAACUGUUACACUCAGCGAAUAUGUACCAGACUGUUUUGUGGCUCUGAGCAGUUGCCAGGCAACCAACGGAGGCUCCAGGAAGCUGGUGUUCCUGGCCAAGAAAUGGUGCAGAACAUUUCCCUCUGUUCCAACAGGGAGAUAUAAAAACACAUUUCUGGACUAGUUUUGCCUUCAUUAAAUGAACAAGACGAAACAUGAUUUCUCUUUGGCUCCAGACUUCAUUCUGAGCUAACGAGCUGCUGGAUAUAGCUUCAUAUUUAGCAAAUAUAAGGUAAAUUUCGGUGGUAUUUAAUCAUUUUAUGUAAUAUAUUUAAAGAUGUAUUUAUUUGCAGCUUUCAGCACCCGACACUUAACACAUUUAGCUUAAUUAAAAAAAAAAAAAAAAAAAAGAAGGAUCCAGCCCCAAAAUAACAUAUUUAAAGGAAAUGUAUCAAAUGUUCUGAAAUGCAUGGUGUAAAUUUGAAUAGGAUGUUGUACUCGAGGACACAUCUACCCUUACAGAUGCCUGAAUCCUCCGGCUGAACUUGAUAGAUUGUCAGGCUUAUUUUGGAAAACGUUUCAUGAUUUGUGGCCCCAAAAUCGCUCAAUAAAAACGUCCAGUGUUUGUUGCUCUAUUGACAAUCCAUUGAAAUAUUUGAACUUCUUUCCCUCCUCAGUUGCACAGACUCAAAGCGAAAGUGCAACUAAGAAACUGAGAUAAGGGAUGCUUGUGUUGGCAGCAAACUCAGACAUGACUCUUUGCAGAUUCGGGCCAAUUCAAACAAGUGCGGAAGUCAACGAGUUCAUUUUAAAAGCAGAAAUCACUCAGAACAUGGGCACAGUUACGGAAGUUUACCUUCCCUCUAGACAACAGCUCAGUUGUUGCACAGUAAAGAUUUUGUAGUUACACAGAUUUAAAUGCAAAUGAAAUAGAGCCCAACCUAGUUUUCACACCAGAUUCAGACUGCAUGGGUGCUAAAAUAACCUUUACCUAAACCAUUCAUCCAUUAUCUGUACACCUCUUACUCCUCAUUAGGGUCUAUCCCAGCUGACAUAGGGUGAAGCUACAUGACACCCUAGACAGGUCACCAGUCUAUCACAGGACUACAUAAACAGACAAUCAUACCUAUGGACAGUUUAGAGUUACUAAUUAACCUCAGCAUGUCUUUGGACUGUGGGAGGAAGCCGGAGUACCCAGAGAAAACCCACGCAGGAAGGUGGGGAAUCAAACUAGGGAUCGUCUAGAUGCAAGACGAAAGUGCUAACCACCGAGCCACUGUGCAACCCUUUACCUAAACCAACAUGUCCUCACACCCAACCCAAUCAAUGUCACUCUAAAAACAAAACCACAGUUUUAAUCUCUCCUGUACAACACUCAGACACAAAUGCCGCAUAGACUGGCCACAUCUUAAAUUAAAACCUAUGAAAUUCCAACAUCUCUGUGCAUCCCAUAAAUUUACAAAAGACAAAACAUCAAAGUUGACUCACCAGUCAGUCUUGAUCUGAGAAGAGUCCAGUGAGGAGUUCGAGCGGCUAAAAUAUACGAAGACCAGAUUCAGGAGUUUGAAAGUUAUAUUCACGCUCAAGUUUCUGUUAAUUGGACGGUAACAGAACACAUCGGCUUCAUGUCUGAAUAAGUUUCAGAACAAGUCACGACUGCAGUCUUGCUACUUGAGAAACAUUUCUGUAUGACUUCCAACUCGGCACACGCGAUGUACUUGGAGUUGUGUGAAGUAAUCUGGGGGAGUCUUCUUCCACAUUUUGGAAAACACUCAUGAUUACUUUUUCAUCCACGUUGCUCUACAAUUUCACAUCUAUUACAGACAUGUCCAUAGGAAUAAAACAGAGGCUAAAACAGGUCAGACAAAUAAGUCAUCAAUAAUGAAUGUAAUUUCAGUUUUGACAAAAUGUUUAGUUUGAUGUUGCUAGUUUGUAAUGAACUCAGAGGAAAGACUCCUACAAACAGCCGGAGGAAACAGGCAGUAAUGGGAUCCAUCAAUUUUUUUAGAAGUUUCCACUAUGCCACCUUUUGAUUUGAAUUUUAUAGCAUAAAAUAUGAAUGUUUAGAAAGAUAUUUGUGAAAUUUUUUGGCUUGACUGAAUUACUUUCCAGGGUAUAUUUUUAAAAAACUUGACUGUCGUUGCCCAGUUUCGGCUCAUUUUAUCACACAUUUGAGGCUAUUUCAACUACAGUAUCUGAGGAACUACUGAAGAUGGAAAACAUUUUCCCAGCUAGUUCCCAUCAUUGGCCUCAAAUUUCAAUGUGUGAAACUACAUACAGAAAGGAAAGUCCUCACUAGAUUAAGCUAUAAUUUCACAGAUAACAUUUUAAAUCUCUAUAGUUGACACCCUCAAAACAUUGGCCUGGUAUUUUAUCCCAAAAACACAAAAAACUGAACCACACCACAUUGAACCUUGAUCUAGGCCAUUAUACUACAGGCGUAGAAUCGCAUGAUCUGUUCAGCUGAGGAUGUAGGUGAUUUUACCAGAGGUGGCUGGCAUCAUGAGACGAUUUAGGCAAAACAAUAACGUUUUGUCAAAAAAAUGACUUAAGCCAUCAGUUUAGGAAGGUGAUGAAUUAUUAAAGUUUCAUUCCAAUCAGAGAUGGUGGAGCAGAAGGACCCUGAUGAUUUGAGAUUAAAAAACCCAUGUGAUCAUUUUCAAAGCAAGAGUUACGUAUUUUUACGCAUAUUUCAUUAAUUAAAAAUUAUCUGUCAGGACCUAAUCUCCACAAUAUUUACCUCUGACAGGUGAGUUGUCACACAGAGACCAUCAUUAGUACAUCCUCACUUUGAGUCCUAAGCUCCAUUACAGCUGUCAGGAUUAUUAUGUGAAGAUCAGCGUUGGUUUGUCUGUUAGCAACAUUACUCAAAAAUGGAUUUGGAUGAAAUUUUCAGAGAAUGUCAGAAAUGCUAAAGGACCAAGUGAUUAGAUUUUGGCAGUGAUGUGACUUAUAGUCUGGAUCCACGGAUUUGUUAAAGGUUUCUGUAUCAUUAUGAGAUAGCGGCACAGCGUCACUGUAAUUAUGACUACAAGUGUGAACACUACACCUGCUGGCGAUCACGAUUGCGAUCUGACUACAAAUUGACUGCUGCGGACCACGAUUUGUUUCUGUCGGAAAUGGAUACGACGAUUGAGCAGCCUUGGCGGAGUACUGCACUCUCCGACUGCUUUUCUAGUUAGUUAUUUGGACGUUUUGAUGAGCUUAGUUGGGUCUUUUGCAUUUUCUCAGUGUAUUAUGUACUUUCACUUGAUGUUCUGUCCAGUCUUGUGUGUUCACAAACCACUAACUUGAAUGUAACGCUAAUACUCGAGGCACUAAAUAAGGCCAGAUCCCCUCAAUCACAAUCCGAUGAUUCCACUUCUGACUUCACUAAACUACCUUCUCCAAGCUGGGAACUUUUAUACAAGUGAGUCACUGAUACUGGACACAUUCCAUGGACAUUUAAAUGUUGGCUUUACUUAAUAAGCAUUAUAUGCAUCAUAAUCCUUCGUUUGGCAUUUAUAACCAUUGCCCAACCUAUGACUCCCAUGUCAAGUAUACUGUGGCUUUCUAUGCCACUGUGGCCAGAAUAGCUGAACAAAACCGUGAAAAACAUUAAUGUCUGAAUGCCGCCUCUUAAACAGGUUUACAAUCGAUCAAUGUGCCCGCUGCUCCCUGCCUCAGCAGAACCUUAUUUACCUUUAUCUAAACCAGAUUAGACCCAUUUAUCUAACACUCUUGGGAUAAAAUGCCUUUCUGCAAGGGUCAAACUUCCAAUUACAUCUGGACAUCGACGUACAGUUGGUGGCGCAAAUUCUAAAUAUAAAAAGAUGCAAAACUCAGAGUGUCAGUGACGUGAUAAGGUAAGGUCGUUUCAGGUAAUUUAUUCGACACAAAUCUCGAAGUUUUUAGUGACACAGUCAUGCGCUUUGUGUACAUUAUGAUUUAUUCUGUUUGCAAGCCAUGUUGUCAUAUUUUUUAGACCAAUAAAGCAUAAAAUAUAUUCCAAUAUUUGACUUUUUGCCUCAAAUUUUUAGCUGCAGAUUUAAAAGACAGUUUAAAAACAGGCAUCUCCAGGGGGUUGGUGGGUUAUUUAAACGGGGAUAAAGGGGGCGCACACAGUCUUCCUCAAAGACAAUCGUGGUAUUACAGCCGACACAUAUAAAAAGUGACAAAUGGUUAGAAUGAAGAAUGAAAUUUUAAAAAAAACAAGAGCAACAAAACACCAAAGCCGGGAAGUGUCCGACCACAGCCGUCGAUAAACAUCUGAUUUCUCCUCGUGUUGGUUCUUCUCCUUUUAUGUACAUUACAUUUUCAUUUUGUCCUCUGUGAAAACCAAAUAAAAGAAUUUGCAUCUGGCUGCAUUUGUAUACCAGGAGAACCCAGCAGCGUUCCGUUAUCCUGUCAAGUAUUUGCAUUUUUGUCUAAGUUUCCCGCUCCGCCAGUGCUUUUAGAUUUCUGGUUGUCUAAACUUCCCACAUGCCAUGCAAGAUGUUCAAUCAGAAAAUAUAAAUUUAAAAAAAACAAACAAAACAUGCGGACUAGUGGUGGUAAUAAACAGAGCAGGGCUGAUUUGGAACUGAUAAAACCUUUAUUUCACUUUAAAUUGUCUUUUACAUUUUGUCCUGUUUAUAACAUGUAAGGUGAAACUAGAGUUGGAAUUACUUUUUUUUUUUUUUAAAAGACAUACACAAAUCUAGUAUUACGUCAAUAACCAGGGUGGGGUGGGGGCGGGGUAUCCAAGGGGUUGUCUUCUUUUUUUUGGUCAUUUUCUCAUUUUUGUUGGUGUCCUUAAGCUAACUCUAAAUUUUCACAACCACGUGCGCGCUAAGCAAUAAAACCGUCACAGAAGCAAACUUUUUUUGUUUUUUUUUGUUGUUAUUUUUGGGUUAUUUUUUUUUUCUUUUUAUUUUAAGCAGAAUACUGGUCAGUAAAAACAAAAUGAUUUCAGAUACCAGAUAUACAGACAGGCUCGGUGCCACAUUCACUACUGCAUGGGAUCAUUUUUUUCCUUAGAAAGCGUAGAAUAACUGCCUUUUUUUUGUUCGGCUAAUGAGAAAAAGAGCGGCAGGGGAGAAAAAUUAUUUUUUUUAACCUUUUUCAAAUGUCAGUGCAUGAAAACAUUUGUCCCCAGCAAAUGAAGAAAAAAAAAAAAAACACUGAGACACAUGACUUCUACACCUACAGAGUGGAAUGUCGAGAUGGUUAAUGACAAGGUUAUUGUGACACUGAGUGGAGAAGAAAAUAAGUUUGAAGAAAAAAUAACUGCUUCGGACACCGGUUGGGAUGUGCAUCGGGUUUGAAAAUGUGCACGGUAUCUCGGUUUCGGUAGGGCAGUUUUUUUGCUGCUAGGAAAGAUCUGAAAACGAGCUGGAAAAUGUACCGUUAAUUGCCAAUCGAGUGUUCACUCCUCCUUUUGUUCUUUGACGCAGUUGAGAGGUAAUUUGUUUUUCACGAAAAGCGUGAUUGUAAAUUACAGGUUCUCACUUCCACGAUUGGCUGCGAUUCGGCUCUUAUGAUGCACAUACCUGUUGUGGACUCCCAACUGCGCCAAAGGUGACACUUAAACCCACCGCUUCCUUUCUUUAAAGCUUGUAAUUGUGUUUAAUUUUAGCUUUAAAACUACUUUUCUUGCAGUUAUUGUACCAAAAAAGCAGAUUAGUAUCACAUUUUAGCAUCUUUCUGUCGUUAACUCAUUCAUUUUUGAGUUGAAUCCUGAUUUGCUAACAUGAUCCGAUCGACGCCUACUUUCAUUAUAUUGGGAAAGAGGAAGCAGUGCGUCUGUCGAUCCACAGACUGUACAAUUCCCCACUCGAUGCUGCGGUACAUUAACAUGGCGGUAAAUGAAGGCAUGCAUUCUUGCUGGCAGAUCUCCUCAUUUAGCAGUGAGUGGAAACUUUAGGACUAGUCCAAACUCGUCCAGAAAAAUAAGCAUUAAGGGGGUGUUAAUGAGGAAAAAGUACCACAAAAAAAAAAAGCCAAAAGGAUGAAACAGCAGCUGACUGUAACGGCUUCAAGGUUUUUCUCUGCAAGCAGGUGUUAACGAACAACAUCGAACCGUUUUUGUUUUUUCCAAAAAGACACAUUUACAGUUAAG